AUGGCUUUAGCAGCUGCGGCUCUGUUCUUUCCGCCGACAGUAAGCGUCCGAUCUCCGGCUAAUUUCCUUCGCCGUCCCUCCAAUCUUUGCCGGCUUAUCGUUCUUCCGACGAAUGGCGCAGCGAGUACCAAGAACGGCCGACGCCGGCAAAUUAAGAGGGCAACAUUUGUAGCAAAUGCUUUGCCGGUGGAGGAAGACGGCGUUUCUUUGGGAACCAUGAAGCUUCCCGUUGAUACCGAUCUAGCUCGAUUUGAGACCCUUCUUUUUCAGUGGGCUAAUAGUCUUUGCCAAGGAGCUAAUAUACCUCUGCCUGUUCCUCUCAAGGUGGAUCGAAUUAGUGGAGGAGCAAGAUUAGGAUUCAUAGUGAUGGAGGAUGAAGGAAAAACAGAUGUUCCGGUUUACAUAGACUGUCUGGUUUUCGAGAGCACAGAGAGCGGUUCAGGUUCAGGACCAGUGUUCCAAGCGACGCGGAAUGGGAGGAAGAAAGAUAAAGCACCUCCGGGAGAAGAAAGAAUCAUGAGAAGCCUCUUAGGAGCUCUUAAAAGAGCUGUUGAACUUGCUCGAGUCACCUAA